CAGGAUCUAAUGCUUAUAAAUACCCUUUAGUGGCUCAACCUUCUACUCAACUUGUGACUCAGAAAAUGGGUUCUCAGAUUUGGACCCUGUUUCUGAUUCUUGCAUCACUGGCUUGUGCUGCUCAUUGCGCCGCCCCACGGACACCAGUGCCGGUUCCAUUUGGCCGUAACUACUACCCCACUUGGGCUUUUGAUCACAUCAAAUACUUCAAUGGAGGUUCUGAGAUUCAGCUCCAUCUUGACAAGUACACUGGCACUGGCUUCCAAUCCAAAGGUUCAUACUUGUUUGGUCACUUCAGCAUGGACAUAAAGAUGGUUCCUGGAGAUUCAGCUGGCACAGUCACUGCUUUCUAUUUAUCUUCCCAAAACUCAGAGCACGAUGAGAUAGACUUUGAGUUCUUAGGGAACAGAUCAGGACAACCUUACAUUCUGCAAACAAAUGUUUUCACCGGAGGUAAAGGUGACAAAGAACAAAGAAUCUUUCUCUGGUUUGAUCCUACAAAAGCCUUCCACAGAUACUCUGUUCUCUGGAACUUGUAUCAGAUUGUGUUCUUUGUGGAUGAUGUCCCAAUCAGGGUGUUCAAGAACAGCAAGGAUUUGGGUGUGAGAUUCCCAUUUGACCAACCAAUGAAGAUCUACAACAGCUUAUGGAAUGCAGAUGAUUGGGCAACAAGGGGUGGUUUGGAGAAAACAGAUUGGUCCAAAGCUCCAUUCAUUGCAUCAUACAAAGGCUUCCACAUUGAUGGGUGUGAAGCUUCAGUGAAUGCUAAAUUCUGCGCCACCCAGGGGAAGAGUUGGUGGGACCAACCGGAGUUCCGCGACCUUGACGCUGCUCAGUGGCGGAGGCUCCGGUGGGUCCGCCAGAAAUACACCAUCUAUAACUACUGCACUGACAGGAAGCGCAUUCCUAUACUGCCCCCAGAGUGCAAAAGAGACCGUGACAUUUAAAUUUGAAUUUCAAUUUACCAUUAGUAUUUUUAUCUCAUUUGCUUUCUUCAUCACUAUGUCACAUUGUCACUGAUGCAUUAUUAGUAAGAGGUUCCAAAUUUAUCUAUAUCAUAAGUUAUAUGAAUAUCCAUUCUAUUGUUUGAUGGUGGCCUGUAAUUAAAGAAGUGGAGUUUGAGCAUAAACUCUAUGACUAUGUAUUUGUAAUUUGAUUUCAUUCCUCUAUGACAUAUCACAUUCAUAAAAUCAUACCAUAUGGUACUUCUACUA